GAGAGAUGUUCAAUGGAAGACCUACCAAGACUGCUCGUUCCUACGGGAAGAAGUUUCAGGUUUCCGUUAAGCAAGAAACCUCUAGAUUACUGGGAAAUAUGGGUUGGGCUUACAUGCAGAAAUCCAACUACUUGACGGCUGAGGUGGUUUACAAAAAAGUCCAGAUGAUCGACCCCGACGCCAACAAGGCAUGCAACUUGGGUCUUUGCCUUCUCAAGCAAGGCAGGUUCGAGGAUGCAGGUUCGAUCCUUGGAGAUGUAUUGCAAGGUACAAUUCCUGGUUCAGAAGACAUUAGAGCCAGGAAUAGAGGUCGAGAAUUGCUGAUGGAGCUUAAAGCCUUUCAGCCACCUUUGGAAUUAUCUGAUAUUAUGGGACUCGAUGAUCAUGAUUUUAUCAAUGGGGUUGAGCUGUUGAUGAAUGAAUGGGCACCGGUUAGAUCAAAGAGGCUACCCAUUUUUUAAGAGGUUUCCUCACUU